GUCUCAGGUGAGCGGGUGGUGACGUCAUCCAGCCGCUCAGGUAGGUCACGUCUGGCUGCACGGUGGGGGGAAAGAAAUACUCCCAACCUUUUUUUUCCUCCGCAUUUUCAAAAAGCAACUCCAACGAAAUCUCGGUUAUGGAUAAACUCAAGUCGGUUUUAAGCGGCGAGGAGUCGCGCAGAGAAGAUCGGACGAUUUUGGAGAGUGUGAACGAGGCAUCCACGCUGGGCUGGGGGACGCGCGUGAAAGGGUUCAUCGCGUGUUUUGUGAUCGGAGGAGUGUGCGCCAUUCUCGGGGUAUGUUUACUUUUCCUCCCCAGGAUCGGCCUCAUCCUCUUCAUCGUCUUUUAUACUUUUGGCAACAUUUGUGCCCUGGGCAGCACCAUGUUCCUGAUGGGCCCCGUGAAGCAGCUGAAGAGGAUGUGUGACAAGACCAGAGCGCUGGCCACCACCAUCAUGAUUACUUGCCUAGUGUUGACGCUGUGCGCCGCUUUCUGGUGGAAAAACUUUGGUCUGGCGUUGUUUUUUGUCAUCCUGCAAGUGUUGUCAUUCAGCUGGUACAGCCUUUCUUACAUCCCGUUUGUCAGGGACGCCAUCUUGAGGUUGGUGGCCAUGUGCAUGAAAUGAGGCCUGUUUCAUCAGUGUUUUUUUUUUUUUUUUU